CUCUCUCCUCUGUUUCUCUCUCUAGCCCGGAAUCGAAGCGCCCGAUACCAUUCCAGUAGCACAGGCAGCAGCUAGCUCUCGCUCCCCCCGCCCUCUCUUCCUCCGCGCCUCCUCCAAAUCUCGCCGGAUUCCGCCGCGCGGCCGCCGCAUCCGCAGCAGGUCCGCGCCGGUGCCCGCUCGCGUCUCGCCGCCCGCGGUGGUGGUGUGGUGGUGGGUCGCGUCGCCCGCGGGGGUCGGCCAUGGAGUACCGGCCCUCCGACAGCAGCGGAACUGAUGAUGAUCUUCCACCAUCAUAUCCAAAUAGUAGGAGUAACAGAGGCAGUGGACGUGUCAGUGGUAAUGGGAGAGCUAUAGUUCCUGCCAGUUCAUAUGCUAGGGCACCGACAGAUAUGGAAGCACAAAUUCAACAACUUGAGCAAGAAGCAUAUUGCUCAGUUCUUCGUGCAUUCAAAGCCCAAUCUGACGCCAUUACAUGGGAGAAGGAAGGUCUCAUAACUGAACUUAGGAAGGAGCUAAGGGUAUCUGACAAAGCACACAGGGAGCUAUUAAACAGGGUCAACAAUGAUAAUAUUAUCUGUAGCAUAAGGGAAUGGAGAUCAACAGGAGGGCUUCAGGCAAGCUUGUCCAAUAAUCCGCAGCCAAUACAUGACCCUGUUCCCAGUCCUACCACCUCUGGCCGUAAGAGGCAAAAGACAUCCCAAUCUGUUCCUGCUUUACCUGCACCGCCUCCAGCGAUGCAUUCACAGCAACUGGCUACACCAACACAACCAUCAUCUUCAACUGCUAGGAAAGCAGUCCCUCCAGGCCCUAAAGGAAAAAAACUGAAACCAUUCAUGCCCUUUCAGGGUCAUAAGGUACCAGGUGGCUCUGCAUCCAAGCCCAUGUCAUCUGCAGCGGGUCCUAGUGGAAGAGGACCGCACAUGAAUAGAAAUUUUCCAGGUGCUGCUGAAGCUCAAGCACAGAAUGUUCACCCGUUAAUUGGUCGUAAAGUGAUGAUUCGGUGGCCUGAAGAUAACAGCUUCUAUGAAGCAGUUAUAUCUGAUUAUAAUGCAGAUACGGGCCUUUAUGCGCUGGUUUAUGACAUGAAUACAGCAAACGAAACCUGGGAGUGGGUUGAUCUUAAAGAGAUGGGACCUGAAGACAUAAGAUGGAAAGAGGAUGAAAUAUCUGGGAUAGACUUGAAGAUGUAUUUGCAAGGCCGAGGUCCCCCAACUAGUGGGGGUAGGAAGCCAGGUCGCGGUGGGCCCAUGCCAGGUCCAGGAAGAGGAAGAGGAUUCCAAAAGAACAUGUCUAAGAAAGAUUUUCCACCUCCACAAAAUGGUGUUGGCAAGAGAAGUUCCGAUGACAUUGAUAUCCUUCACACCGAGAGCCUAAUAAAAGAGGUGGAGAAAGUUUUUAGCGUGAAUAAUCCUGAUCCCCAGGAAGUAGAGAAGGCAAAGAAAGCACUGAAGGAGCAAGAACAGUCACUGAUUGACGCGAUAGCGAGGCUUGCUGAGGCAUCAGAUGGUGAAAGCGAUGGGCACAACCAUGGGCGAAGGAAUGCAUUGUAUGCUGGUAACCAGCAUCAAGCAAACUACGUUGAUGCGAUGCCUGUUGAUGGUGACCAAGCUGAUGCCAUGUAAACACAGCAGGGACAUGUAUACACAACAUAAGAAAACUGCCUGUUGUACAAUCCAUUGCUAAUAUUUGUUUCAGAUGUAGGUGGCUGUAGGUUUGUACCUUCUGUUUGGAGAAUCUUGAAUUUUUGGGUAGACUGUAUUUCAGAAUGCUGACCAUGUAAAGCUUAGAUGUGGCACCAAGGUUUUUUCCUUUUUGUUGGCGUGAUCUCAGCUCCUAUAUGCAUUAAAGGAAACAGAUCACGCUUUGUAAAAAUACUAUGUUUUUCCUUUCACAUUUCGAACUGCAGCAAGCAUUCGUCACGCACAA